AACCAUUUUCCCGAUUUCACCAUCAAAUUGAGGACCGUUUGUACCAAAAACACAGUGGAAGCGAAGAGGCCAGGAGAAUUGAGAGGGAAACAGAACAGGAAGCAGAUAUGCCAGGAAAGAAAGAUGAGGGACAGCCUGGAGAGGUUAUUGAUGUGACAGAUCUAAGGAGCAUUGAAACAGGGGCAAAGCAAGUGAAGGAUGUCACGUUUCCUUUAAAACACUUUGGACUACAAAGAAGAUCCUUUCAGAGGAACCUUCCAGUCACUCAUGACUAUCCUGUGGAUACUCCACCAGAAUCCAACCCACCUUCAACAGAAGACCUUCCAGUCACUCAUGACUAUCCUGUGGAUACUCCACCAGAAUCCAACCCACCUUCAACAGAAGAAGAUUAUUGGAACUGGAUGCAUAGAACCGGGGGAGAUAAUCAUCAUGGCUUUAGUUGCCCUGAUGGAUGGACGAUGCAUAGCACUCAGUGUCUCCUAUUUGUUCCCCAAAAUAUGACCUGGGAUGAGGCAAAGGAAAACUGUGGGUCUAAAGGUCAAGGUUCCCUUGCUGCUGUGUAUAAUGACAUGCAAGCUCAUGAAAUUUAUCAGGAGAUGACCAAUGUUGGGCUUCACGAUGGACGAGUGUGGGUUGGAGGCAGCAAAAAAUCAGGGGAUCCUUCUUGGUCCUGGGGUGAUUAUUCUUUGUUUGACGGCUUUGCUGAGUACUGUCGUGGAGAAUCUGCACGCUAUGAGAACAACUGUUUGCAGAUCACUUUCGAUGAACACGGUUCAGGAUGCCUGGAUGACCUGCAGUGUGAUGUGGAGCUCCCAUCUGUCUGUGCAAUCCUCCUCUAUUAAUCUGGAAAGACCAAUGAGUCCUGAGCAGACAGUGGUUAAUGUGCCUCUUCACUAUCAGUCUGCAUUUAUCAGUUUUGCUUCGGUGUUUCUGCUCGAUUUGCUUUAAUGAAACCAAAGAUGUUAACUAACAAUUUACGGAAACGACAUUUUUAUGAGCUUUUAGUCCUUGAGCUUUUAAUUAAAACCGAUACCAUCUGUUUUAACGCUCUAGAAAGUCAUCUGUCAUUUCUAACCUUUUUCCAAAUAAAAUCUUCAGCAUUGAAAAA